GGCCUCCCCACACAGCCUCACAGCGCCCGGCCCGGGGCCUCCCCACACAGCCUCACAGCGCCCGGCCCGGGGCCUCCCCACACAGCCUCACAGCAGCCCAGUCCGGCCCGGAGUUUGGCGGCUGGGUAAGAGGAUCCACAUGGGGUCACCACUGAAUGAGAGUCAUCAGCGGUUCCUGCAGACGAUGAUGUCUCAGGGAAUCUUGGAAGGUUCCGAGGUCAAAAGUUUGCACCGACACUGCUGUGGAACUCACCAAGGGCACCACACUCCUGAAAACUUGGAGGAGUUCAUCCAAGCUAUCAAUGGGCAGCUGCGGCCGCUUUUCAUGGAGAUCAGGAAAGGGAUGAGCGAGGAAGAUGGCCGGCAGUACUGCGCGCUGGUGAACCUUGCAGAAACUGAGAUCACCAGGAUGGCGUUCGAUUAUACCGAGACCGAGCUGGAGCUCUUUAAGAAAACCAUGGACCUGGUAAUGGAGUCUGAAAACGGGAUGGCCUCGUCCACUGACAUCCUCAACCUCGCUGAUCAGCUCGAACCCAAGAAAAUGAAGAAGAAGGAAGUGGAGCAGGUCCUUCAGCGUUUUGUGCAGGAGCAGUGGCUGUGUGAGAGAGAGGGGGAGUAUAUCCUGAGCACACGCUGCAUUAUGGAGCUGGAGCAAUAUAUUCGCAACAUGUACCAGGAGCUGGUGAAGGAGUGUAAUAUCUGUCACAACAUCGCCAUUCAGGGUCAGAUGUGCGAGAGCUGUGGGGUUAAAAUUCACUACCCGUGCGUUGCCAGAUAUUUCCAAGGUCGCAGUGAGCCAUGCUGUCCUAGCUGUAACCAGUUCUGGCCUCAUGAGAUUCCAGAAAUACAGACGGCCACACUGUCCAUGCCACCCCCAGCCACCACACAGAGGGCAAAGCGGCGGCACCGGGAAUGAGCGUAUUUCCAGGAAAGUGCGGGGCUGUUUGUGUGGUGCUGUAACCUGGGUAGAAUGGGGGUCAGAGACAUCCUUUGCGCGUUUAGAGUGCAGUGCGUGCAGCAGGUCAGCCGCACUCCAAUUGCUUUGAGCCCAAACCACAGUCACUACACUUUACUGUUAAAUCCUAUGCAGCUAUGAGUGGCAAUUUACCGCUGGAAUGAAGUAAACUUUCACCGAGAGGCUCCGAAGAGCAGUGCCACCGUGGCCGGCUGUAACAGAACACACCAGGAGCAGCGCAUACCUGGCCUCCCACUGCCAACAACACCACAGCGCACGCAGGAUCCCCCCAACUGCCCCCCUCCCUCCCCACUGCCAACAACACCACAGCACACAGGA